AUGGGACUUGGUUUCUUCAAGGCGCUUUGUUGUAACAAAUCUCAGCAUGAAAUUCCCAUUGACUCCUCUCCCGGCCGCCCUCGCAAGCAGACGUACGAGGAUCAUCUGCACGACGUCAAACCAGCACCUACUUCGCAAGCGCAGGUGGGGCCGGUGCUGGGAAGGCCCUACGUAGACGUAAGGAUGAUGUACGAGCUGGAGAAGGAACUGGGGAGAGGGCAGUCCGGGGUGACUUAUCUGUGCACAGAGAAGAGGACGGGGAGAAAGUAUGCGUGCAAAAGCAUAGCGAGGAGGAAGCUGACGAGGAAGGAGGAGAUAGAGGACGUGCGGAGAGAGAUACUGAUACUGCAGCAUCUUUCGGGGCAGCCAAACAUAGUGGAAUUCAGGGGCGCAUACGAGGACAGGCAGAACGUGUACUUGGUCAUGGAACUGUGCACCGGCGGGGAGCUGUUUGAUCGCAUCAUCGCCAAAGGGAAUUAUUCCGAGAAGGAAGCGGCGGCGCUGAUCCGGCAGAUCGUGACGGUGGUUCACGUGUGCCAUUUCAUGGGAGUGAUGCAUCGGGACUUGAAGCCCGAGAAGUUCUUGAUGACCAGCCAGGACGAUCACGCCCCAAUGAAGGCCGCCGGUUUUGGACGCUCCGUCUUCAUCGAGCCCGGUUUGUGCUCCCCCUUCUUCUCAUUUUUCACUUCCGUAGUAUGGAUGAGCCCAGGCCCAAAUUACGUCAAAUUGAGUUUGAGUACAUACUUAGUGCCUGUUUGGAGUCACAUUUAA